AUGUAUUCAUUAAGAUUCCGGAGAGAGCUCGAGGAUCUGGAACUUGGAUUCCUCCCUGCCGCAACUUUGAAGUCGUCGCCUCCAGGCCCGCCAGAGAUGGAUAGGAGCCCGUCUUCAUUCAUCGUCAAGCCAUUACAGAUCCAGAUUACUUGUGCUACGUUCAGUAGCCAGGAAAUGCAGACUGACCGGAUGAGUUUCCGAAAUUUCUCUUCUGGUGCUCGCCUCUUCCUUUUCUCUAAAUUCCCCAGAGAAGUUAAGGGCGAAUUAAUUCAGCUCUCAGGGGAUACCAAGAAGGCGAUUAAACGUCUCCCUAUCAAGGGGGAUAAUUCUUCGGACACUGCUCAUAAUCCUGAACGGAGUUCCUUUAGAGAUGCAGAAUCACGGCUUCGAUCCAACCCUACCUGGAAGGAUUCUUCCUUCCGUGUUGACUCUGCAUCCCGUACUUAUUCUGGGAGUUCAACUAAUCUCCCGCCUGUCUUGUGUGUAUCCUUUGGUAGAAAUUGUGAAAGUGUCUCUGUUAUGUGUUUGUUGGACACUGGGAGUUGGCGGACCUAUCUGUCCAGUGAAAUUUUUGAAGCCCCUCAGCAGCCUGGAAUCCUUAGGGCUUGA